CGAACUACUCUUCCCUAGCUAGCUACUCACCUAUUCUUCCUCCUCGUCUCAUGUACGUAGUGCUUGUCAAUGGCAAGUACUGGGCUUAAGAAAUGGACGAUAAUAUUGUUGUCUAUUUUGUUGGCGCUAUCAAACUGUCAACACCGAGCUUGUGGAUCAUCACCACAAGUGCCUUGUCUCUUCAUCUUUGGAGAUUCGUUGUUCGAUAAUGGGAACAAUAUGGCUCUUGUAACAGAUGUGAAAGCCUCUUAUUUACCUUACGGUGUAGACUUUCCUUAUGGGUCUACAGGAAGGUGUAGCAAUGGACUCAACUUAGCCGACGUGAUUGCUGAACAAUUAGGUUUCGAAAAUUACAUUCCACCCUUUGGGACGGGGAACUGCAGGGAUUUUAUGAAUGGUGUAAAUUAUGCAUCUUCUGGAGGUGGCAUUCUUGACAUGACAGGAUCUCUUCUGGGACAACGAUACACCAUGGAUCUUCAGUUAUUUAACCACAAGAUUAUAGCAUCACGGAUUGCCAAAGAACUGGGGGGUGCAGAUGUUGCAAAGAAGUAUCUUGGCCAAUGCAUAUAUGCUGUUGAAAUGGGUUACAAUGACUAUCUCAACAACUAUUAUGGCGAAGGCUACAAUAGCAGCAAGAUCUACACUCCUGAACAAUUUGCACAGCUUCUUGUUCAAACUUAUGAAAUUCAACUAGAGAGCUUGUACAAGGAAGGAGCAAGAAAGAUAGCCGUCUUUGGACUUAUUCGGAUAGGUUGUAUGCCAUCAUAUAUCCAAAUAUUUGGCGCAGAUGAAUUUUCAUGUGUAGAAAAACUCAACCAUGCUGUUCAACUUUUCAACAACAAGCUUCAAAAAGUUAUCGCAAAGCUUAAUGCCAAACUUCCCGUAGCUAAAUUUACUUACAUAAACUCCUACGAAAUUGAUUCUGAAAAUUAUACAGAUUUAGGUUUCAAAAUCACCGACAAGGCCUGUUGUGACGUUCCUACUGGACAAAUACCAUGUGUAGCUCUUACUUGUCCAUGCCUCAACAGUGAUGAGCAUGUGUACUGGGACGGAGCCCACUAUACUGAAGCUAGAGCUAGGAUCUUUGCGAAAAGGGCAUAUAAACGUCAAUUUGCUGUUGAUGCAUAUCCAUAUGAUAUCAGUGAAUUAGCUAAGGUCUCAAAUGAUGGAGCCGAUGGUUGCAGUACGAUUGGCAGGAGCGAACCAGAAAAUAAAAUUAAGGAUGAUUAA